GAUCAGAUACACCUCCUUUAGCAGUUCUAAACAUGUUGUGAUGUAGGACACACCAUACAUGCCAUAAAUAAGAAGGAAGGAUGGAUUUAUGUUUGGGCAUCUAAUACAGAUCAUUUGCUGUUACAUCCUGAGGAUGGUGAUGCCAACAUCCCUUCAGUUUCAUAUAUUGUCCGCUAGAUGGCAGCACAAAAUAAAGUGUGGACGUAUCUGACAAGGGUCUUUCUCUUUGCCCAAGGUGCGUGCGUUCUCUUCGACCAAAUCAAGAUGUCUGCGUCCUGAGCACAAAGUGAAAAUAAACAUUGCCCACAAUUAUUAUGCCACAUUUGGAAGAUUAAUUGAAAGACUUCAUAGUGUGAUUGUACCGGGAUAACAAGAGAAAUUUGUGAAAUGGCUUUACGCGUUUGUCACCACAUUUUCCGAAAUUCUGUUUGCAGGGCAAUCAACACAAAAUUCACUGCGCCACUCGAAAAUGCGUCACCAUCCUUGUACACAGGUUCAUCAGCUCCUCGUCUCCAGACUAAUCGGCCCACUGUAUUUCGCCUCACUCCUGCUUGUAAUGUGUCAUCGGGGGUGAUUUUGGACAGAUUGGAGAAAGGCAGAGUGACAAGCACAGAAGACGGUGUUCUGCACCGCCUAACUGCAGUACCACCUGAGCCAAGUGAGCACCUGUCACUUCUUUUGAGACAGCCAGACCAACCUUGCAAUCCCAAAGUCAUACGAGUUGCAGUCGUUGGUGCCCCAAAUUCAGGGAAGUCAACAUUAACCAACCAGCUGCUUGGUAGAAAGGUGUUUGCAGUGUCAAAGAAAGUUCAUACUACAAGAUCUCGUGCUGUUGGCGUUUUUACAGAGGAUGACACCCAAAUUAUUUUACUUGACACUCCUGGAUUCACCACCCCUGAGAAAGCAAAAAGACACCAGCUGGAGGAGUCCUUGCUUGUGGAUCCGUCAAAUUCUCUACAGGAAGCUGACCUUGUUGUUGUACUGGUGGAUGUGUCAGACAAGUGGACCCGCAGCAGACUGGACAUUGAGGUGCUGAAAUGCCUGGCUCAGUAUCCACGCAUCCCCACUGUCCUUGUCCUCAAUAAGGUGGACCUGCUGAAGAACAAAAGCAUGUUGCUGGACGUGACUGCGGAGCUGACCGAGGGGAUCGUCAAUGGCAAGAGUAUACGCGUGAAGGGGAGAGUUCCAGGGAGAACGCAACGAGGGACAAUAGCUCAGAGAAUAGGCGCCCCAGCGGAACCCGAGCCCACGGAAAGGAGAGCCAGUCCAGAGGAACUGGUCACAGGAAGCCACGACAGGCCUCGGAAGCUGAGCAAGGAGGAAGUGAGGGUGUUGCGAUCCCAAAAGGGAUGGGCACAUUUCAAGGACGUGUUCAUGCUCUCCGCACUGGACGGAGAGGACGUGGAAACGCUUAUGAGGUACUUCAUGGUUGAGGCCAAGCCUGGUGCGUGGCAGUACCACAGUGAGGUGCUGACUGAUCAGAGCCCUGAGGACCUGUGCAGGAACGCCAUCAGAGAGAAGCUCCUGGAAUACCUCCCCCAGGAGGUGCCCUACACCAUGACUCAGCGUAUUGACUAUUGGACAGAGCUGGAGAGUGGAGACCUGGCCAUAACUGUGAAGCUUCUUGUACAGAAAGACAGUCACAUGAAAAUGGUGAUUGGCGCGGGCGGGCAGCUGAUCGCUCAAAUUGCCCGUGAGGCAGGCCAAGACCUCACGCGCAUCUUCUUGCGCAAUGUGCAGCUGAAGAUCUCCGCCAAGGUGUGCAACUGAACUGAACUGAACUGAACUGCUCAUGUGUGAUGAAGCCAAGCUUUGUCCUCAAAGGGGAGAAAGAAAAAGACUUGUCAUCGGUGGCAGCUGACGUGCCGUCUCCCCCAACCCCACUUCUCAUGUCACAGCUCAGAGUGAGACUGCAGUUAAUCUUUCAGUUCAGUUCAGUUCAGUUCAGUGAUGAUGGCGAGACGGUAGGCUUGAUAGACGAUCUGCUCACUCGCGCAACUCGAGUGCCCUGACUGGUGGUGUCUGACUGAUAAGGGGCUGUGAAAUGAAGAAUGCUUUUUUAUGUCAUAUGUGUCACUUUAUCUGUCUUAUUAUUUUUAUUUCUGUUGUUUUGCCCAGAAAAACACUGUCAUAUUCAUGAUCAACUACGUAUUGUCAAUAUUGUUCUACUUUGACAUUCUAACUUCAUCCACCUGGAAUUUUGUGGUAAACAAUCGCGGCCCAGCUACAGUGGCCGGUCAAAACAAGAUGCACAAAGAACUUGUAUCAAAGUCCGUCAAAAUGCACAACUUUAAUGUUCCUCACAUUUCCUGCUUUCAGCAUGUGCUGUAUAGAGGUCCACUUCCCUUUAAAUGGUCCUUUUACCUCUUUUACUCUCUGAGUUCUCUGCAAGACCUCCAUGUUUCAGCCACCACAGGAAGGCACUUUUGCCUCUGAGGAAGAGAGUGGCACUAAUGGAAUACAAAAUGCAGCACUGUCCUCUUAGCUGGAACAAAUGGAGCGCGAGAGAUGGUGGCCGCGUGCCUUUUUUCUUUUUUUGCUUUUUCUGUUUUGUUUUAAACUUUUUUAACUUUGUGCAUUGGUCAGUUUAUUUUGUAAGUCAGCUUUGAUGAGGAAUCGAAAGCUUCCCUGUUAGUGAAAGAGAAGACAGGCUAGCACCGAUCUCUCUCUCUCUCUCUCUCUCUCUCUCUCUCUCUCUCUCUCUCUCUCUCUCUCUCUCUCUCUCUCUCUCUCUCUCUGUUGACUCUCUUUAACUGUAACAUAGUUUGGGGUCACUAGGGUCAAGGAGAUGAGGAGAGAGUGAGAGUGAGUCAGAGGAUUCGGACCAUUAACGGUCAAGCACAGUGUGUGACUGUUGUAUUAGUGUACAGUCUUGUCUUGUCUUGGAUGGGAACACUACACACACAAAACAAUAUGGGAUUAAAGAAAUAUUACACUUGAA